CCAAGUCCUAACCUUAUUCUCAACGAAACAGUAAAAAGCUCAAAAAAGCUCCCGAAAAGCUCUCAAAAGCUCACAUAAAAAUUCAAUCUCAAACAGACAAAUUUAUUCAUUGUGACUUAAAUAUAGUGACUUAAGUCUAUAAUCAUCAGUGUUUACGUGGAUGUGUGUUCCGUAAUAGCUCAGUGGUUGAAAUCGAUAUCGCAGUGAGUUAAGUCGUCGUACGCGUUGUAAAGUGUUGUAACUUAAGACGUCAGAGGUCUGACGUCCUCGAAGUUAAUUUUGACUCUCGUGACGUCACCGAAACGAAGCACUGCAAACGCACGUGAAGCUUUCCGGGCUUUCCAGUGCUCCAGUUGAGUGUUCUGUGCAGUAUAAUGACUUGAAACAGUUUGCGUUUCUUGUGAAUUUGACGCAAAGUGAAAAAGUGUGUUGGAGUGGAUUGUUUUGAUCGAAAUGUGCGCGAACGUGAUUGUGAUUAAUAAGCUGUACGGAGGCGGACACAAACAGGAUGCACUUUUCCUGCCUCGAGUGUUAAAUUAGACGUGGUGUGAAGAACGCGUGGAUUCGUUACAUUUAGUCAAGCAGGAAUAAAUGUAGUCGGCGAGUGGAAAGUUGCAAAGCUUUGAGCUUUCGAACGUUUCCCCGGCGUUGGUGAGCGCUGCGAAAGCUUUCGAACACUUUCGCAAAGCUUGCCGAACGUAUCUCUAACGAUUUGAGAGCGCGCCGACUUUUCCAAACAUCACCAACUUCAGCCACAGCCGCCGCCAUCGCCACCCCCGCGCGCACCAUAUUUAUUUCUAUUUUAAAUUAUUUAAGAAAAUGCAGAGAAACCUAAGACGUUAUCGAUACAAUUUUGGCAAAAAGUCUUCCAUCAAGAAGAAGUCGACGAGGAGAGCAAACCGCACAGCCAACUCAGCACCGCAGAAAUCAUUUCGAAGGAACUGAUCCUUCUCAAGGAUGGAGCGAACACGCUCGUUUCGCCGCCGUCGGCGUCCCGAGAAGCCGCUCGGGACAAAAAUCAAGGACUGCAUACGGAAUUUCGUCGCGUUCAUGUUCUCCAAUGUUGGCAUCAUCGGACUUGUGGUAGGUUAUGCAAUAGCUGGAAGUUUUAUCUUCAUGGAAAUCGAAGGAAAUGCUGUGAAAGAACACAGCGUUGAAAUGGUGAAAAACCGAGAACAAACCGCCGAAAAAUUCUGGAACCUAACCUGUACUACAAACAUUUUUGACGAAAAAGCAUGGCGCUCAAAUGCGUCGGCCAUUUUGUUAAUUUAUCAACAAUUCACAGUGGAUGCAAUUAAAAAUGGUUAUGAUGGUAGCGAUGACAAAGACUACUCAAAACAAUGGAGCUUUUCCGGAGCUUUCCUCUACUCUCUCACAGUCAUCACAACAAUCGGUUAUGGAAACAUAGUUCCAAAGACAUUCUGGGGUAAAAUAGCAACAAUAAUCUACGCAAUAAUAGGAAUGCCUUUAUUCCUACUUUACCUGUCAAAUAUCGGCGAUAUUAUGGCGCGGUCCUUCAAAUGGCUCUACGCUACAUGCUACCUGUGCAAAGGAUGUCCCAACGUGUCGAAACGACGCGCCGAGCGUCGACAAUCACGCCGCAGGAUGGAAGAAUAUGAAAUGGAAGAAUAUCCUGAUAAUCCUGUAAAGUACGACGAAGGACACAGAUAUUACGUAAAUAGUCCUGAACAGGAAUUUAAUAGAAUAAGAAGAGAAAAUUUCCGGACUCCUGAAAAAAUGUCCUUGAGCAGUGAAGGUGACUCGGAGGAAUCUUUUGACAGUCAAACUAUUACUGUACCAAUAACAAUUUGUUUGACAAUGAUGGUGGGAUAUGUAUUGGGAGGAGCUUUGUUGUUUGGUAAAUACGAAAGCUGGGACGUGCUAAACGGCUCAUACUUUUGUUUCAUCUCGUUGUCAACAAUCGGAUUUGGGGAUCUGGUGCCCGGCGACAAGAUCUACUCGUCAUCGGAGGGAUUUGACAUCGAGUUGAGUUUCAUCUUUUGCUCAAUGUACCUCAUGCUCGGCAUGGCGCUCAUUGCGAUGUGUUUCAACCUUAUGCAAGAGGAAGUCAUACACAAAUUUCGCACUACCGUCAGUACAUUAAAAUAUAUCUGUAAUUGCAAAAAGAAACGUCGACGAGAUUACAGCAUUGAAAUGUAAAACAUUUUUUGCAAAAAACAGUUAAAAAGUGUAAAAAAUAAAAUUAUAGUGCUACAAAUAUAAAAAAAGACAUUUAAGUAUACUUUUUAAAAGUAAUAAUAAAUAUUUAUAAUAUGUUGUUAAAAUCUGUUUUAAACUAAGUUUUAAAAGUUGUUAAAUGUUUGCAAUCGAGCAUAUUAAUUAAAAAAUGUGUAAAAAAAUGUAAAAAAUAAUCUAUGCUCAAUUGCACUUAAAUAAACGAGUGAUAAAGUAAUAAAUUAAUAAAUUAAACAAUAAAUAAUUAAUAAAUAAAAAACCAGCGUUGAAUAAACUGCCAAAUAUUUACAAUAACAGAAUUAACUCGAAACAAAACAAAAGUUAAACUGAAAAGUGCAAAGCUCAACAUAAAACAUUUAAACAAAUCACUAAUUAAAAUGUCUGUAAACCUUUUAAUGAAUUGUUACUAUCAAUAUCGAGCAUUUGAAUACAGCGAUAAUUAGCAAAAUUUGUUGAAUAUGCGCGCCAGGAACAAAAUUAAACUCGUGUAUAAUGUGAAAUGCCAUCAGUUUAAUACCGAAUACAAAAUGUCAAAUGUCAAUUGAAUAAUUAACAUUUUGAGGCGGUGGAUUUUGUAUGUCAAAUCUUUGUUUUUGGAUGAAUAAAAUUUAAUUGAAAUAUU